AGAGACCUUGAGUUUAACCUACAGCAUCAGGAUCAAGUGUUCCUGAGACCCUGAACCUACCAGCUGAGGAGCCCCGUCUAACCUCUGACAUUCCUGGUUAGAUGUUGGGACUCUGUAAAUGGAAACCAGCCUCUUUGGCAGCAUCGUCACGUGAUCUCCAUAGCAACCAGUGAGUGUCAUCAGUUCCGCUCUGAGGAGGAGAAGUGCAGCCUCACAGACUCAGUCAGCUGGAAACACACUGACACACUUUAUAACUACUCUGCUCUGCUUAAUGUGACUUUACAUCGGUCCAGACGUCUUCCAGCGAAGACUACAGCCAUUCUUACCUUAAAUAUCUGGAGAGAGAGCGAGCUGACAACCAUGAGUCACCUCAGCCCAGGACUUAUUUCAGCCUACAACAGUCUCACAGACCGACAUCUGGCUGGAUACUUCAGCAACACUCGGAUCAGGAGACACCUGCAGAGAGCAGGACUGAUCACCAGGAGUGGACGUAUCGUCCCAGACAAGGAAUACAGACACAAGCUGAUCCAGAGAGCCCACCAGAGACACAUUCGAGAAUGCCUCGCCCAGGCCAUUUUCCACAAGGUGCUGGAGAUGGAGCGCGUCCAUCAAAUAGAGAUCAAAAGGAAAUUGGAGGAGUUUGCAAGGAGGGAAAGAGUGCAUAAGAUCAAAGUGGAUCGCUCUAAAAGGUAUGAAGAAGAAAUCAUCCGCAUCCUGUCUCCACGCCCACCCACGGGUGCCAGGGGCAUCCGAAAGCAGCACUCUGGUCCAGAGGGGGAGCACUCUGAAUCCUCCGAGUCCCCGGGCUCGUCUCGACCCAACACGGCUCCGGGGAAGAUGCAGAGGCCCGUGCGUCUGAAGCCGAUCCACAGCAACAGCACCACGGCUUCACUCAGACGCAGCUCCCCUUACAGACUCCUGGAGUCCUCCAAUGAGAACGACCAGCCGCUCAACUGCACUAUGGACAAGGAGUCCCAGAGACAUCGGACCACAACAGAGGUCUCCAGUGGCAUCUCACCCUACGUCCUCCCAGUCAUCAACAACUUUGUCACCCCAGUGCCUCCAACCACGAAGAGGAAAGAGAGGGGGGUAAAGGUCACUCCCAGCGGCACGCUCAGAGGCCGCAGACUGCGUCCUACCACCGCCUCCAGCGGAGCUGACGUCAAUGAGGACCCUCCCAUGCUGAGGAGCUCUGUGCACCAGAGCAGAGUGUGUGUAAGCAUGAUGUACUUUGGCAAAACGGUGCAUCUCUCCCACGACAUGACCGACAUGAGGGAUGAGGUCAAAGUGUUUCAGCAACACUGUGGAGGAGAGAACCUGUGUGUCUUCAAGGGCAAACUCCGCGAGGGAGAGACAUUCCAGUUCAUUUCAAGGCGACACCGAGGUUUCCCCUUCAGCUUGACCUUCUUCCUGAACGGGCUGCAGGUGGAGCGGCUGAGCUCCUGCUGCGAGUUCAAACACAGGAAGGGCUCCAGACUCGGUGGCCGGCACGGACACUUUGGCUUCUGCAGCGUAGAGGGAGCCUCUCCCUGUUACAAGUGCAUUAUAGCAAUGGGAUUGGACAAGAAGCCCACUCCUCCACCGAAGAGGGUCAAAGAGGACGGAGGAAGAGAAGAGUCAGUCCCCAGCCCAAAGGAUGCUCCUGAGAUGGAGACAGAGAGGACUGGAGACGAAGCUGCAUCCCACUCAGAGUGUGAAACCAGACAACCACAGGACAUGGAGACUCAAGUCGAAGAAGAAACAGCAGCCGAGGAGGACAAAGUCAGAGACGAUUAUGAGGAAGAUUUUGAAGCAGACGAUGAGGACCCUGCAGAAGAUGCCGAGGCAAAAGAAAAGAAAUCCUCGUCUCCGUCCGGUGAAACUGCAACACGGGUUAAAGAGAGAGACGCCUCUGAGACUGAAGAUGACGAGAAGGACGAGGACAUAAAGUCUCGUUCAGGCUCCAGUUCCUCAGGCAGUGACCGGGAGGAGAGCGACGCCGAAGCCACCAAAGACUCCAGAGAGGACGAGAAAGCAGAGCAACCUGAAGUAGUCACCCAGGAGGAAACUGCUGUUCCACCAGACGAAAGAAAAGAUGAACCACAAGAAGCUGCUGUCACUGAGGUCGAGCCUGCUGCGCCUAAAGACUCAGACAUACAGGACAGUGCGGGGGACAGCACAGAGAUAGACGUCUCUGACACCAGCGUCCCCUCAGGGAACGAGAAAAAACAGAGCGACGACACCUCCGGAGACAAAGAGGUGGAGAAAACGGUAGAUGAGAGCAAACAGGAGGAGGAACCGGAGAGGGCCAAAUCUGUGCAGGAGAAGCUGGCAGAAGCCAUACUGAAGGAGUCACAGUGCAGCUCCGAGCCCGAACUGAGCGACACCAGCACUGAGGAGGAGGAGGAGUCCGCAGAUAAAGGCCCUGAACAGGACAGCAAGGAUGAAGUUGCAGUGAAAUCUGUGACAUUUACAGAACAGCAACAGACCCUUGUAGAAGAGACAAAAUGUGAGGAAGGUGUUGGUGAAGCUGAAGUUGUACAGGGUCAUGAAGCGACGCCUGAACCAAAAGAACAGGAGGACCAAACUGAACAAGAGCUCCACGAGAACGGUGAUGCUAAAGAUGAGAAGGUCAAAAUAGAAGAGGAAGAUGAAAAGGCUGCAUCAGAAGAAGACAAGAACCCAGCAGAAAAUGAUAAAUCAGUGGACGCAGAAGAUACUGUUGCAACUCUGCAUCCUGUAUCUGAAGAUGACAAGACUUCAGAACCUCAAGAAGAAGAAGCAGCAGCUAAAUCCGCUGAUGGUGAUGCUGCAGAAAAAGACGAAGAAAACAAGGAAAAAACUGCAGCGGAGGCCGACGAGACGGGGCAAGGGGCAAAAAGCAGUGAGCAGGAUGAGUCAUCAGUAUCAGAGCCGGAUAAAAAGACUGAUGAGACAGCAGCGACAGAUAAUGCAGAGGCGGAGGCGAUGACAGCGAGCGAGACAAUGGAGAUGAAAGCAGAGCCCUCAGAGGAGCGAGAGGCCCUCGACUGUGAAGAGGCACCUGUAACCGACACAGAGGAGAAGCAGCGGGGAGACAGUGAGGACAGAGACAGAGCGUCAGAGACUGAAGUCAUAGCAGAGAAUUCAAGCAGCUCGUUGGAGGGCAGCGGAGACACCACAGUUGAAAAAACAGCAGUUAUAAGUGAAGACAACGCAAAGGAUGAGAGCAUUAAAGAUGAUAUUAAAGAAGAGGAAUUGUCAGCAGUAGAGGCUAGUAAGGAUGACGAUCUGGGAGAAGAGCAGACAGAAAAAUCAUCUGUGGGAAUAGAUGAUAAAAUAGAGGAGAAAUGUGAUGAGGAAAGUAAGGAGGAAGGAAAGCAAACAAAUCCAGAUGAGAUAACAGAAGGUGAAAAUAGGGAGGAAAGCGAAAAGGAGGAUAAAGAUAAGACAGAAGAAGAAGAGAAUAAUGAGACAGGAGAAAGGACAGAAAACAUUUUAGAGUUGACUAAAAGUGACUCAAACACUGAAGGAAAGGAAAGCGAAGAACAAGCUGAGAAAACCCACAGCGAAGAAGAUAAAGUUACAAAUGAAGAGAAGGUAGAUGAAUCAGAAAAGACAAAAAGAGAUGAAGAAUGUGUUGAGAAUAAAAAUGAGGAGGAAGAAGCUGAAGAAAAGGGAGCCACAACUGAUCAAACUAAUGAGGGUGAGAAGAUAAACACAGCUGAUGAUGAAGAAAAGGAUGAUGACGCAGAAAAGGAAGAGAAGGAGGACAACGUUGAGAAAGUUGCGAAGAAGACUAAAGAUGAUGAAGAAUCAGAAGAGAAAAAAGUUGUAACUGAUAAGACUGCAGACGGAGAAGAAAUAUCUGAGAUUACAGAGAAAUCUGAGAAAAGUGCAGAUGUAGACUUGGAUAAAGAUGGGAAAAUAUCUGAUGAAAAUAUUGUUGAGUCAGAGGAUGUCGCUGACAGUGAAGCAGCAAAUGUAGCACAUGGGACGAAAACAACUGAAGAGAUGUCAAACAAAGAAACUGAAGGAGGAAAUGACAGUGAAAAGGGAGAAGUUGAUGUUGAAAAUGGAGAGCUUUCUUCCGAAGCAAAGAACAAAACUCUUGAGGAUGAGGGAGAGGCUCAAACUGAAGGCAAAGAUGACGUGAAAACAGCAGAGGACGAGAGAAAAACAGAGGAACCUACAGAGGGUGAGAGCACAGAGGUAAAAGAAGUAACCGUGGAGUCUGGAGAUGGUGCUGAAAAGCUUGAUAAAGUUGACGAAUCUCCUGACACUGAUGUGGUACAAAGUGAGGAUAAGGAAAGGGUUGAUGGUGUGGAAAAGCAAGAUGAAUCGCCAAAAAACGACUCAGAGCCGGAAACGUCUGGUACGAAAAUACAAGAGGAAUCUACAUCAGACGACAGAAAGGACGGUGAAACAAAACAAGAUGAAAAUGGAAACAUAUCUGACCCUCAUGAUGAAAACAGAGAUUCAGAUUUGAUGAACAACGUCCAGAGUAACGUCAUUGAGGUGAUGGUUGCUUCGUCAGCUGAUCAGGCACAAACAUCAACACCCACCGCUGUGGAUUCAGACAAUACAGGUCACAAGUUAGACGAGUCUACAGCACCGUCUGACUCUAACACAGACAAACACCCACGCACUGAUGAAAAUGCUGCUGCUCUUGACCUCUCGGAGGAGGCGAGCAAGGCCUCGGAGGAAGGAGCGAGCGUGCUGCUCAAACCUCAAGCACAGUCGUCACAGCUCACACAAAAGAGCGAUGCAGUAGGUGAAGAACCUCCAGAGGCCUUGGCGACAGAAGACAACACAGAUCUGGUCACAAACUGGGUGACCAUGCAUCAAACAUCAAAGUAUUUUGAGACGUUUGUUGAACCUUUAGAAGACUUGAAGGAAUCGACUUCAGACGACUCUAAUGAAGGCGCGACACGAUCUACAGAGCUGCCGAGAUCAGAGAGUCCACUUAAGAUUGCGAAGGUGUCUGAAAAUCCAGAACUAGAGUGCACGCCAAAGGACGUAAAUGAGUCAAGGGACAAAAGCAAAGAGGAAGCUGUGGUGUCAAACCUUGAGAGCAACUACUCUGAAGAUAGUGAGAAAGACACUCUGCAAGUGGAGGAGACCGAGGUGAAAGACCUGAUCCCAAAAACAGAGAGUGAACAAAAUGAUAAAGAGUCAGAGGUCAGGUCAGAGGAGCACAAAGGAAGCAUGGGCGAUGACAGGGUGCAAGAGGGUUUAAUGCAGGACAAUUCUGAGCAAACGGACGUUUCCAAAACUGAAGUGGAAAGCAUUGCAGGUACUCAUCAUUCAGUAGCCAGCGGAAGACCUGAGAGUGUCAAAAUUGAGGAGAAAACUACUGACUUGAAUGAAAAACAAACAUCAAUUGAAGAGGUGAAAGAUCUUCUACCUUCAUCCAAAACAGAAGAGCCCUGCGAGCGUCCGACGAGUCCAGAAGGGCUGAACGAACUGAAAGAAACUGAAGAAACGUGGGAAAAAAGUGACUUACAAAGUCGAGAAGUUACAGAAAUAACUGAUUUUACGACGUCCAAGUCAGACGAUGGAAGCCAGGAGGAGUCCCACCAUAAAGACAUCCAACCGUCAGAAGCGAGCAUCAACGGAGACAAAAGAGACGUGCAGCUGAUCCAAGACAUCAAACACACUCUCAGUAAAGACCGGCUGAGCUCUUUCUCAGUGGAUGAAACGCUGUUCGGUCCAAGUUCAUACCCUUUGCUGACCGCUGCGAGGACAGAGAGUGGACAUUAGAGCUGGCACUAAGGUACGGUGAUGCUUUACUUGCUUAGUUUACAAGAAAACAUAUAUAAAAGCAGUUCAGUUAUAAAAGUGAUUUAAAAAACAAGCAAUUAGACAAUCAGAUGGCCACAUUAAGAAAUAGAAACAUUUGUAGUGA